AUGCGAGAGCAGGAGGAGGAGUUGGGCCGACUGCGCCAGGCGUUGUCGAAGAAGGGGAAGGGGGCCGGCGACGGGGCCGGGGGGUCGGGGCGCAACCCGGCCGACACCCGAAAGAUUAAGGAUCUCGAGGCUCAGCUGGCCGAGCUGGCAGAGGCCCUCCGCAGGCGCCACCCGGACAGCCUGGCCAGCCUCAUCCGGGCGGCGCGGCCGACGGACUCGCAAGAGCUGCGUAACGACGGCAACGUGAAGAGAAUCGGCGAGCUAGAGGCCGAGCUUGCGAGGAGCACGGCCGCCAGCGAGCUCAAGCUUCGCGCCCUGCGGCAAGAGCACGAGCGCGUCAAGAACGGCCUCCAGAGACAGCUGGAGACCAGGGUCGGGGGGGCGGCCGCGGCGGCAUCCGCCGGUGUUACCGGGGCAAGCGGCGGCGGCGGUGGCUGCGGCGGCGGUGGAGUUUGCGGGAGACCCGGCGUUGCGACGGGUGGCGGCAGCGGCGGCCGGAGUCCUCAGGGGCGGCAAGGGGAAGGGGGUGGGGGGGAGGAGAAGGAGGAGGAGGAACAGCAGCAGCAGCAGCAGCAGCAGCAGGACCGUGUCGCCGAGCUGGAGAAAGAGCUGACCCACGUGCGCUCGUUCUACACGCGCAAGCUCAAGGAGGUGGAGCGGAGGGCGGAGAACCAGAUGCGCGCGCUCAAGCGAGGCAGCCCCGGCACCGGCGCCGGCGGCAGCAGGCAUCACGGUCGAGAUGGCGUGUCUGCCCUAGGGAUCGCUCCCGCCGCCGUCGCCGCCGCCGCCGCCGCCGGUGGUGGGCCUGAUGCGGACGGGAGCAGCAAUAGGGGGGCCCUCGGCAAGGCGCAGGCACGGGAGCAAGCCGAGGCCUGGGGCAGGGGGAAGGCGGGCGCCGCUGCUCCCCCAACCACCGCAAGCGGCGGCGGCGGCGGCGGUGAUGGCACUCCUUCCGCUCGUGGCAGAGGGGGGGGUAGUAGUGGUAGGGCCGGCGGCGGGGACGGCGAAGAGGACGUGAGGCUUAGGGAGAGGGAGCGGGUGCUGGAGCUGGAGGCCGCGGUGGCUAAGGAGCGGCAGGCGGCGGCUGCGAAGGACCUGGAACGAUCAGAGGACAUGCGGCGAAUGUUGGAAGCCGAGGUGCUCGGGCUGAGGACCAGGCUGAACGAGCCCUCCACACCCUCUCAGGCCAAGUACAUGGACCUCUCGAAAAAGGUUGAAGAGAUGGAGCGUCGCACGGCGCGGCGAGAGGCCGAGCUGCAGCGGGUGCUCUCGGAGAGCCGGCAGCAGUCCAAGCUCGAGCUCUCGCGGCUCCGGGCCAUCCACGCCGACGAGAUGCGAGCGAAGGACGCCCUCGUGCACGGCUUCCGGGCGGAGCUCGACGGCUUGCUGAGAGCGGCGGGAAGCUUCAUGGGCGGCAGCGGCGGCGGCGGCGGCAGCGGCAGCGGCAGCGGCGAAGGUAGCGGGGCGGGCGAGGAUAACCCGCCGCCGCCGCCCCAGCCUGUUUGGGGGGUUGUUACUUGA